GCCCACCCACUCGCACCCACACGAUCCAAACCUCCAUGGACGCGACGUACUGCACCGCACCGCACCUCUCGUUCCACGAACACGAUCGCAUCGCUCGCUGGGCGCAAGAUGUCGCUGCAGCGCACCCCAGCCCUAAUGUCCUCGCAGCGCACUCCGCCGUCGGGUUCCGCGCACCCGCAUGCUACGUUCCGUGCGCCUGCCCGUUCCUCUGCCUCAGACACGGCUUCGCACCAUCGGCACGCGUCGUGCUGAUCCGCGCGCCGGCGUCCGCGGCGCUCAUCCCGCCCUCGGUGUCAAGGCAAGGCAAGCCUGAUCGCGUGCAUACAGGCACCCCCCACCCAGUAUUCUCAUGUGCUCACCUGCUUCGCAUCAGGACCCACGCGGAAUCAGCGCGCGCCUCGUCCGUCGCGCACCUCGCGCGCCGCCUCCCAGUCUCGAUCCGUAUGCCAGCGCACUCGGGGGCGGGGGUGUCGCAGCAUCGCGCUGCAACAUGCGGUAGCCAGUGGUGCAGUCGGCGGUAUCAGAUCGCGGUGGCUCGUCGGGAUCAGCGUGUACCUGCGGUCCGCCGCCAUUCCCUCGGAUAUCGCCGCGUCCAUGUGCGCCCGGACGUCUUCGAGCCGUCCCGACGCCACGGGUUUCGUCUGUGUACGGGGACCCUUGGACAGGUAUCGGUGGUGCGGCUGUGAAGGGGGGAUGCUCUAGCACGGGGUCAGUACAUAUAUCCACGAGUGUAGUGUGAAAAAGCUCUUAGCGAAAUGGGCCACCAACGCCACUCUGCUGUAGAUCAUCGCUCCCUGCACGCUGUUGGAUGGCAAGAAGCAUGCAACAGCAGUGGAUCCGCUGGUGCUACUGCCUAUGGCUACGCGCUCGUGAUCGGGCUCGAGCAACGGAGACCGAGUUGAUGAGAUACAGGAGCUGCAAGUGACGCCAGGCCGUUCCUGGAGGGCCGGCUGAUGACCGAUCGGUCUGAGACUGCUGCCCUAACCGGUGUGCUGCUCCGCACCCCCGCUUGCCUGCCAUCGAGAACAAGCAUCCCCACCUUGCUCGCCCUGCUCUCCAGUCCUCAAGGAAGGAGAUGGAGUUCACCGUACGGCCUCGAGCGCUGCCAAUCGCCAGCCAUCAUCCACGUGUCGCCGCACUGGCGCAACCUAGAGCCAGGGUCCAGACAUAUGCGACACCCGCGGGCGCGGUACUCGCGCAGACCCUGCCUUGUUCACAAAAGCCGCGAUGCAGUGAGGCAAAACGCAGAAGACGCGUG